AUGAGCAGUUCCUCUCGUCGCAACCCUCCUCGUUCCUCUUCCUCUCGCCCCAAUCCUCCUUGCUCUUCACGCCCUGCGUCGUCACUAUCUCCCCCCAGAUCCAUGGAUUUCCGCUCCCGCUCCCCAUCCCCGGCUCCUUCUUCAGACCCAGGGUCCCCCACCGACAGGCAGGAUGAGCUUGAAGCCGCGCUAAUUGCUGCUCGCACUGUGCCAAAACUGGUCUUGGACCCUCCAACUUCUCCGAAGACAGGCUCACGGCGCCCACGCCUCCCCACUUCCCCUCCACAGAUGUUAGAUUCUGAGGUUGCCUCACCCUCUCGCCCAUCUGCAAAGCGUCCACGAGGUGGCAGCGCGGCUAAGAAAGGGAAAGGGAAAGAGAAAGCUCCAAUCAAACCCGAGCCUGCUAAGAAGCUCUAUCCGUUAUCUCACUUGCCAAAACCAGCUCCCAGUUUCUGGGCUUCUUUGGCGGCUUCCUCUGCUUCCUCCGCUUCGGCGUUUAGUGGAUCACCUUCAAUCUCCUCACCCUCAGUCUCUCCGGCUCCAGCCCUUCCUUCUCCAGCCUUUCCUUCCAUCCCCGCCAUUCCUUCCCCUCUGCUCUCAGCCUUUUCGGGACCUACGGCCUUUGCACCCGCACCGUCUCCAUCACCAGCGGCCCCUUCAUCAUCAGCACCUUCAGCAGCUCCUUCAUCAGCACCUCCAGCAGCUCCUUCAUCAACUCCCACCGUCGUCAGCUCGGCCCCUCCCCUAUCAGCAGACCAGGUUCUAUCUAUUCUCCAGCAUCCUCUGUUCAAUGCCUUGCUGGCCAAUCAUCCAGCGGCAGUUCCUGGACUUGACCUCCUUCCUGCUCCUUCGGUGGGCCUUAAAGCAUGUGUUCACGGUCUUCCACCUGCGGACCCGGCUAUGCAACUAGAUCCAAAUAAUCUAAUCGACCAUGGCCUGGUAGUCCAUAUCCUAAAGGAAGGCUGGCAGACUUAUUUUCCAAUUAAUAGUCUGUUGGCUGACCUAACCCGCGCUGUCUUCUUACUUGAGGGUCUUAUAUAA